UACAUAGUUGACGUUUAUAUUCGAGCAGAAUCAAAUGAUCUCCAGUGGAUUAGAAACAACCAACCUACACUGCGAGCCGAUAACUACAAAUCACUGACAGACUACAUAAAUCGUGAUGCUGACGUGAUGGAUCACCCUGCUGGAAAACUAGUUAUUCUACCAUCUACCUUUCAAGGCAGCCCACGUAAUAUGCAACAGCAUUACCAGGAUGCAAUGGCUAUCGUAAGAAAGUUUGGCAAACCUGAUCUAUUUAUCACUAUGACCUGCAAUCCUAAAUGGAAAGAAAUUACAAAUAAUCUUAUGCCAUGGCAAAGAGUGGAACAUCGUCCGGAUUUAGUUGCAAGAGUCUUUAGACUUAAACUAAAUAACCUGCUGGAAGAUAUCAAAAACAGAUCUCUAUUUAGGACUGUUAAAGCCAUUAUCCACGUUAUCGAGUUUCAGAAGAGAGGUUUGCCGCACGCCCAUAUAUUACUAAUACUUGAUGAUGAUUCCAAAAUUCGCACAGAAGAUGACAUCAAUAAAAUAGUGAAAGCUGAAAUUCCACACCGUGACACUUCUCUGCGUCUCUUUCAAAUUGUUAUCGGAAAUAUGAUUCAUACACCAUGUGGCAAUAGAAAUCCAAACAGUCCAUGUAUGGUUAAUGGCAAAUGUUCUAAAGGAUUUCCCAAAGAUUUCCAAGAUGUUACACUUGGAAAUAUUAACGGAUAUCCUAAGUAUAUGAGAAGAAAGACAAAUGCAUUGGAAAUUAUUCCGGGUUGUCAAAUUGACAAUAGCUGGGUCGUACCAUACAAUCCGUAUUUAUGUUUACGAUACAACUGCCAUAUAAAUGUUGAAAUCUGCGCUACAGUAAAAAGCGUUAAGUAUCUAUACAAAUACGUUUACAAGGGCCAUGAUUGUGCUAAUGUGUCAGUAUCUGAAAGAAAUGAUCACAAUGAAACUCGAAUGUAUGUAGAUUCACGGUACGUCAGUGCUCCAGAGGCCAUGUGGAGAAUAUAUUGCUUUCCAAUGCACAAUCAGAGCCACACAAUAUGUUGUUUGCCAGUUCAUUUGGAGCACAAACAAAAUGUCUGUUUUCAUGCAGGUAAUGAGGUCCAAGCAGCGAAGAGAGCGGCCACAAAAGAUACUAAAUUUACCGUGUGGUUUAAAGUCAAUCAAAACGAUCAGGAUGCUCACCAGUGGAAGUACUGGGAGAUUCCGGUUCACUAUGUUUGGGAUGACAAUGAUUCAUUACCAACUCUACAUUCAACACCAAUAAAUCUGCAAGAAGAACAACAUAUUGUGCAAACUAUGAUUUCCAGUUUAAAUACCUUACAAUCUGCUGCUUUUAGUAAGAUUGUUCUUGCCACAGAAGACGACAGCCCCAUACCCAAAUGCUAUUUUCUUGACGGCCCUGGGGGAAGCGGAAAGACAUACCUUUAUGAAACACUUAUACAUUUCUUUACUGCAAAACAACAGUUAAUUAUCGCAUCAGCUACAACCGGAGUAGCAGCUAAUUUGUUGAUAAAUGGUCGCACAUGUCACUCCUUAUUCAAACUUCCAGUCCCAAUCACGGAAACAUCGGUAUCAACUAUGAAAAUGAACAGUAACAAUGCACAAGAAAUCCGUCUUGCAAAAUUAUUGAUUUUAGACGAAUGUACAAUGGCAUCCAGUCAUUUACUCAACACCAUUGAUAAACUUCUCCAAACGUUAAUGAAUAAUAAUAUUCCAUUUGGAGGAAAAGUAUUAGGAGGAGAUUUUCGACAAUGCUUAGCU